AUGGCGCCUCUGAUACGGCGCGGUGCCGCCGCCGCCGCCGCCGUCGUCGCCACGCCACCCCGGGCGAUACUGCCGAAGAUCGAUGACCUGUUUUUGGCGCCGCGUACACCUCCCGCCGUCGCCGAGCGUCUGCUCUCCCAUCUACCCUCGAGAACGCCGGUCGAGGCACCGAGCCGCGUCGUUGCGGCGCGCGAUGAAACAACCUCUACCAUACCCUCGGGUUACGGGGCUCUGUAUUCCGGCCCGGACCCCGGCACCGUCGUGGGCAUCACGCUCGGGGCCGUGGCGGGCUUCCUGCUGCUGGCGUGGCUGAUCCGGUCCGUCUGCGGGCUCGGCGGCAUCAUGGUGGGCGCCGAGGAGUCGAGCGUGGGCACGGCCAGCGUGGUGACGCGCAAGUCGCGGCACGGCCACCACCACCACCACCACCACGGCCGGGACCGCGUGCGGCGCGAGACGGUCGAGGUGCGGACCGCCUCGCGCGGGCCCCCGGCGGCCAUCAUCGUCGACGAGCCCGGGGGCGAGCGCGUGGAGCGGGUCGUCAUGGAGGAGCGGAGGCGGCGGUCGGUGAGCAGGCAGCCGUCGGUGCCGCCGCCGCCGCCGCGGGUGGUGGCGAGCGACGACGACGAGGUCGUCGUCAUCGAGGAGCACUCGCCGCCGAGGCGGCACCGGAGCAAGCGCCACAGCAGCGGGAGCCGGCGCGAGAGCGGAUACCGGGACAUUGACCCGGAUCGGUUCGCCGGCGGAGACGCGCCGCUCAGAGACCCCAGGAGAGGGAGCAGGCGGUAUAGUCGAGACCGCGGGUGA